AAACAUGGCAUCGCUGCUCAUCAGAGGGAAAAGGCGAAUGUAAACUCUCAAAUUGCAUCAAAAUAGUAUAAUAAAAAUACGAUAGCACCACUGAUAACAUUGUACGGAAAAGAAUAGUGCAAAUAGAAUGAAAUAAAUCAGAAUUAUUACAGGUAACCUGUAGCAUGAAAUUAGAUUAACAAGAUGGAAGAGUUUUGUCGUAUUUGCUCCCGUGCCGAUGAUUUCCGAAGUUUCGUGUUGACGACGGUCUCACAAGCCACCGAUGUUAAAAUUGACGAUAUGUUAAUUUACUGCACACAGUUAGAGAUUUCGCCAAACGAUGGUCUACCGAAACGCAUAUGUGCCGAUUGUUUGACUGUAUUAAACGCGUCGUACGCAUUUCGAAAACUAUGCUAUCGUUCCGAUGAGGAGUUUCGGCAACUGAUCAAAAACUCUUCACCGGAAUCCGAAUUCGAGUUUAUCCCUGCUGAGCUAGAUCAGAAGAUUGAAUUUGAGGAUCAUAAAUCUGAACCAAUUCAAGAAUGUCGCUCAGAAAUAUCCAUCAAGGAUGAAGUUAUUGAAUUGGAGGAUUUCUGCGAUACUACUGUUAAUGCUUCAGCGAUAGAAGAUGUUGUGGUCCCGAAUGAAACAACGAUUGGGGAUACACUGGAUGCCCCUUCCGUCCAUCUGAAUGAUACCGAUAAUCAGCCCAUGGAAACUUCCCCAAAUCCUGUUUAUAAGUAUAUAUGCAAAGAAUGUGAUUACACUUCGCUUGUGCAUUACAACUUCCGAAGGCAUCAGAAAAUUCAGAAGCACUCUGCUUUCGAUGAGGUACUCACUGAAAAGUCUGCCAAAAAUAAACAGGAAUUAAAAAAAGAAAAAUCUGGCGGGAGGCAAAAUAUAUAUAAAUGUGUCGAUUGCAAGUUUCAGACUCACUGCCAUCUCAAUUUCAAACGUCAUCAGAAAGUGUGGAAACAUUCCAAUGUUACUACUCUCGAUUCUGUUAUAUCUGAAGCCAGCCCUAAAAAGUUUGACUGUCCGCAUUGUGGACAGACUCGUGCCUCGUACUACAGUUUGAAGAGCCAUAUGAAGAAAACAUGUGUGCCACUGAAGGAAAGCAAACAGUUUGAAGACGAACCCGAGGCUCAAAGUGAUAGUUCGGAAAGGGAUGAGCAAGUAGAACAAGCGGCAACUGAAGAAAGCUAUAAGAAACGUUCAGUUUCCUUCCCUGAAGCCAUUUCAACCAAAAGCGAAGUUCAACCGUUCAUGUUCAAAUGUGAAUUCUGUAACUAUUCCUCAGCCAAAAACGGAAACCUAAUAAAGCAUCAUGCAGCGAUGUGCAGAGACUCGACGUACCUCGAUGAAACUCAAACCCCUGAUAAAUUCUUUGGUGACAACAUCAAGAAGAUAAUAAGCGAUUCGAGUGUGAUAGAGGAAUUAUUGAAUAAAACGGGACAGCCUUUAUUUCCAAAAAAAUACAUUUUUGCAAAUCAUGAUACAACCAGUACGUGUAUGCCUCCGGUAAAAUUAAUUAACUUUGUUACGGAAUACGAAAACUGUCUGCUGGUAACGAUGCGCGGCGUUCGGUGUUGCGGAUGCAGCAUAUUUUUCGAGAACAGCCUCACCCUUGCUGAGCAUUGCAAGCAGGCUCAUCCACGAUGGAACACGUGGCUUCUGAAAGAUGGUCUAAGUUGCGAUGAUUGCAAAAUCAUUUUUUACCGACACGACAGCCAGGAUUAUCAUAAUAUGGUCAAGAAAUCGGAUAGGCUAUUCGUUUGUACUCUUUGUGAAAAGGUGAUUGUCAGCUACACAGCCUGGUUUAGCCACUACAGUAAACAUGCUGUUGAGAACGCCAUGCGGUGGAAACAACCGGAAAAAAACAGGUAUUCCUGCAAAACGUGUGGUAGUCUCUUAUUGACUGAAAGUUCCCUUAAAAUGCACCGGUAUAACGGGUGUCAGGAAAUUCAGAGUAAACCAAUUGGCGACAACAAAAAACGAUGGCUGUUACCAUUCCAGUGCGAUUUUUGCAAUUAUUCGUGCAUCAGAAAAUUCAGCCUUCAACAGCAUCAUUUGCUUAGAUGUAAGCACAAUAUAUAUGUGAACGAAAAUACGAUACCAAAUGUGAUGCUCGAAGGUAACCCAAAAAGGAUUAUCACGGAACUAACAGAAAUAAUGAAACUCAGAUUCAAGUCAGGAGAGCCUCUAUUUCCAACCGACUACGAAGAAAAGCUCUACGGACAGAGCGCUACAUAUCAACCCCCCGCAAAGUUGAUCGAUUCCGUUGUGGUAUAUGAAACUUGCCUCGUGCUCACCAUGCGUGGGAGACGCUGCUGUGGGUGCAGCAAGUUUUUCAAUGACGACACGGCCCUCUCUGAGCACCGGGUAACGGAGCAUAAAAAGCACCAAAGCUAUGAUGCACCGUUGGCGACUUGCGCAAACUGUAAUCAAUGGCUUAUCCAAAAAGAUAGCAUUGAACACCAUAAGCAACUUGAGCUAUCCCGUCAAUUGUUAUUCUGCACUUCUUGCGAAACGAUGAUUGUAAGUAACAGUGCCUGGUUUACCCACUGCAAGGUGUGGCAUAGCCGAAAUGUUCCCAACGAAUUCUAUGAAACAGUGGUAGCAGGAGAACAACUCCGAUGCUGUGGAUGCCAUCAGUUGUGCGCUAACCUAACGACUUUGGAGGAACAUCAGGUUAAGGCUCAUCGAAAGAGAAAGCGUUCGCACGGUCCAUCGCAGCUCGAGUGCGGGAAAUGUUUUAAAACAUUCACAUCAUCAGUUCAAUUGCAAAGACAUCAAGAAAUAAACACGGCUAGAAUAUUCUACCGAUGUUUGAGAACCGAAUGCCAAAUGGAGUUCACAAAUGAAAAGGAAGUGAUUGUGCAUAUUGAUGCUUGUGAGAAAACGAACAUUACAACUCAAAACAAUGGUGAAUCCAAAACGUCAUAUUGUUGCUUCGAAUAUUGUAACAAAUCUUUCGAUAACAGCGAUAAGCUAAACGUUCAUAUUGACAUCGUACACAAUUUCCAAAGAAGAGAAAAUCGUUCAGAAAACACCGGAGACUAUGUUUGUUGGAAAUGCUUCAAGGGUUUUCCAUCAGAUGUCUCGUUACGUCGUCAUCAGUUUCCGUGCCGGGAGAAAAGUGAACGUGAAACCAUCAACGAUGAGAAUGUUGACGAGUCUUUCCCCAACCAGACAGGACAAGAAAAAUUACCCCAAUUAGAACAUGCUGGACGUCCUUUCGCAACCAAAAACGAUGAAUUAGAACCAAAAAUGGCGAGAGACAAGCCUAUUCGUUGUUUUCCGUGCCGGAUUUGUCGCGAACCAUUUGAAAUUUUAGCAGCGCGACGUAUUCAUGAGAGGAGGGUUCACAGGGGCGUGAAACCGUUCAAGUGUAAUUAUUGUGAAGCAAGUUUUGUUUUUCGCUCAACAUUAAAGAAUCACGAAAAAGAGCACACCACCAACAUGUAACCUGCUCGUAACAAUGUUGAGCGAUUAACGGUAUUGAAUAACAAUGAAUGAA